CUAAUUGUAACUUCCGGGAAAACGCCAUUUUAAACGUUUUGGUUCUCUCAUAAACAGAUAAACAAGACUUUUAUUAUUCGGAAAAGAAAAGAAUGGCCACUGUACCUGGGAAUUUACCCCGUCGAAUCAUAAAGGAGACACAGAGAUUGAUGACAGAGCCAGUACAGGGUAUUAAGGCAAUUCCAGAUGAAUGUAAUGCAAGAUAUUUUAAAGUAGUAGUUGAUGGUCCAAAAGAGUCUCCCUAUGAAAAUGGUACAUUUCAAUUAGAAUUGUUUUUACCAGAAGAAUAUCCAAUGUCAGCACCGAAAGUUAGAUUUAUGACUAAAAUAUAUCAUCCUAAUAUAGAUAAACUUGGCAGAAUAUGUCUAGAUAUAUUAAAAGAUAAAUGGAGUCCUGCAUUACAGAUAAGAACUGUUCUAUUAUCAAUACAAGCUUUAUUAAGUGCACCUAAUCCAGAUGAUCCCUUAGCAAAUGAUGUAGCAGAAGAAUGGAAAACAAAUGAAGCACAGGCUAUAGAGAGAGCCCGAGCAUGGACAAGAACCUAUGCCAGUUCGGACAAAUAGAAUAAAAUCUAAAAGAUAGUGAAGAAAAACUACAAUUAAGUGCUACAUAUGUGAUAAAAACAGUGUCAUCACUUACCAUUAUCACUCUAUAUCUGUGGAAAUAUUUAAAGAUUCCUAUCAUCUGAAGAUUCCAUUCACUUAAAAAUAAGAAUGUGUGUAUUUGUAGAUAUUUUAACAGUGGUGUAAUUCCACAUGUGUAAUUCAUUGCAUUGCAGCCUUAUUACAUAAACAUUUUAAAUGAAGCAUAGAUAGAAUAUUUUCACUUCUCCUAUAUUCGUCUUCCCUAGACACAUUUGUUAUUUGGGAUAAAUUUAGUUUUGUGCUAUACCUAUUUUUUAUGGAACUUUUACCCAAAGAAACAGUUUUUUUUUCUGAUUACUGUUGGUGAAUUUAAGCCCUCUUGCUUCUUUUGAAAUUAUGAGAAAGGCCAUAGCAUUAAACUAUUGAACAAUGCUAUGUUUUCUUUUAAUUUGUCAUCCCAAAUUGUUAAUGCAAAACACAAGAAACUUUUCACAAAGUAAUGAUCCAAAUCAGACCAAGCAUAUGUUCAUUUUGGUCGUAAUCAAGUGUUUUAUUUUUGCUCUAAUAGGGAAUUUAUUUAACCAUUACAACCAAAACAUGUUUUCUGAUUUGUCUGAACUUUAAAAAGAGUUGUAGUCUUGAUAAUAUCUGAAUCCGCUUAAGGUUUAAAGUUGGCAUCGAAAAAUAGUUGUUACUCUGGAACCAAUCAUUCAUCCAUGGUGAUACAAAUAUGAUCAUUAUGGUACAUAAACAACUGCAAUAAUCUGUGGUCAUAGUAUGGUAUGGUUGUGUCCUCAUUUUUGUCGUCUUGCUUGUUGUAUUACGUCUGUAGACACAAUGUUUUUCACAAUAAAUUUGCUUAUAGUUGAUCCUCUUGACAUUUUGGCAUGAUUUACCUUGUGCAAAAGAAAGGCCGAUUUGGUCUCUUGUAAAAAGUUGACUCAUUGGCAAUCAUACCACAUCUUCUUAUUUUUAUAUGAUAUUGCUUUUUGGAGAAUUGGGAUCCUCCUAUUCCUGAAAAUGGACAAAAGGGUCUCAAAACAGUGUUUUCACCAGUUUUAAAGUUACAUUCAUUUUCCUUUGUUCUUGAUGAAUAUUAUUCUUUGUUUUCUUUACUGCCUCUCAGUUCUAGGGAAUGUCAACUGAUUUUCUUGUAACAUUCAUUUAUGGUUACUUAGAUAUAAGAGACACUAGAAGGGUCAAGGCAAAACAAAUCAACACAGUACCCUACCAAUUUGUUAAGUAUCAGCAGAACCAAUUGCAAUUUAUACUUUUCACCUCUUUCUAAAUAGAAACAACAGUAUUCUUAUCAUUUGAAUGAAAUGUUACAAUAAUUUGAGUGUUUUCAUAUUCGUACCUCACAUGAUCUUUACUUUGACUUAAUUUAAGAUGAACAAUGUAUUAUAUAUAAAUUUACAUUAUAUGUUUAUUUAUUUUGCUAAAAAAUUGGUUUCCUUGGCAAGUAUACAAAAAUAAAAUCCAUCAUGGGUUUCAUAUGUUUUCCCUGAAUGAUUUACCAUUUUUUUUUGGUUUGUUUUUUUGUUUCUUAGAAAAGGCAUUUAAACCUCCUAGAGAAGAAAGGACAGAUCAAAUAUAGAUAAUUUGAAAUUUCAACAUUAUUCAGAUAAAUAGUCUUUUUUAACUUUGAGCAAUUUUAUGAUUAUUUAAGGUAAAGGCCCUUGUAGUCACUGGCUUUGUUAGCUAUAUUUUAGCCAUCAGCUAUACUAGGCACAACAUAGUGCAGUGAAAUGAACAUUCUUUAGAUUCUAUCCAUGCCCAUGUCAAGAAUAUACCCAUAUAUUCAAGUUACAAAUGAUGUAUAUUAUACUUUAAGUGGUCAAGAAAAAACAUUUUAUUAAAAUUCCACAAUUUAAA